CUAAAAUAUUUACUGUUUGGUCCUUUACAGAAAGGUUUGGCUGAUGCCUAUUCUAGAGAGAAGCCUGAAUCUUGGGAUUGCACCAGGCCACAGGUAUCUGUCACCGCGAUUUCCAGAAGGACCGAGGACUUGCGGCCGAGAUAUAAGCCCCGCAGGGAAGGCGCUGAGCAGAGGAAGAGGCCACAGCCCGACCUGCAGCAGUCCAGCCCUUGGGACGCCUUUCGCCGGCCACUUGCUCAUCCCUGCUUCUGGAGCUGUCGCCAUGGUGACGGUGCGCAGGCCGUGGCCCGCCGUGGCUACAGUGCUGCUGGCCCUGCUCGCCUGCCUGGGGGCGCUGGUCCAGGCUUACCCCUCCAAACCCGAGGCUCCCGGCGAAGACGCCUCGCCCGAGGAGCUGAGCCGCUACUACGCGUCGCUGCGCCACUACCUCAACCUGGUCACUCGGCAGCGGUAUGGGAAACGCGACAGCCCCGAAGCAGUCCUCGCGAAACUGCUCUUCCCCGACGACGAGGACCGCUGGGUCAAGACACGGCCAGAAGACCCGUACAUGUGGUGACGACCUCAGGGGCUCCUGGGAGAUAUGCUAACUACACCGACCUCAUCUGCAUGGCUGCUCCUGAUCCCGGAACCUGGGUUCCUCUCCCUGCCUGCUGCGCCUGGGGGGUGGGUGCGGGAUGGGGGUCUUCGUUCCAUUUCUCCGUGUCCUCAGCCCCUGGGCUGGAGGGCUGUGUGUGGUCUUUUCCUGCUCCCCAAAUAAAG